AUGGCCCUUAAUCGACUCAGAAAGUCGCUUGGCGACACAUGCUCGGGAGAUUCGGGCGUCUGUGGGAAUAUUGUAUUAGGGGAAUGUAGCGGUAUCGAAUGUGUCUGUCAGUCUGGACACUACAAGACUGGACCCGCCACGUGCAGCCCCAUAGACUGCGGGACACUGGCAUCCCCGAAUAACGGCGCUGUUGACCAGACCGACGGCACGACGGUUACGAAGAUCGCAGUUUUCUCGUGCAAUACGGGAUACGCGCUGAACGGUGACGCCUCUGUCACGUGCCAGAGCGAUGGUUCGUGGAGCAGCACGGCGACCGUUUGUGAAGAGGUGGACGAGUGUGCCUCGAAUCCUUGCAAAAAUGGCGGCACGUGUAAUGACAUGUUGAACGGUUACACGUGCACGUGCUUGGGUGGGUUCGGAGGCACCCUGUGUGGUCCAGAUUGUGGAGUGCCGGUGUCCAUCGCAAACGGCGACGUCAGCUAUCCCGACGUAACGCUAGUAGGUGCAACGGCGACGUAUUCAUGUACUCAAGGGUAUACGUUAAGUGGCUCUGCGACCAGCGUUUGUCAGACGGACGGGACGUGGUCAGACCACGGUGUUUGCUUUGUGGUGGGUGUUAUCUACGACGAGAUCUGUCGCGUGACGGCACAGUGCGUCACCGCAGACGCCACAUGUCGGAACGACGGCCUCGGCUCCCUCCGGUGCCUGUGCGCAGUUUCCGGUGAAUUCUAUGACCCGGAUAUAGAUGGAUGUCUCUUAGAUUGUGGUACCCUGACCAACCCAACCAACGGGGAGGUUAUGAAUCCGUCGGUAACCUCUGUUGGACAGGUAGCCACGUACUCGUGCUUUGUCGGGUACGGUCUCGUCGGCUCCAAAGUGCGCACGUGCCAGUCGAACGGCGCGUGGAGUGGCGCCGCGCCAAUCUGCGUGUUCGGAUGCGAAGCGCCUGUGUUCCCCGCAAACGGACGCGUAAACACUACGGAGGGGCUGGCCGUGGGUCACACUAUAUAUUACACGUGCGUUGACGGGUACGAGUUGGUCGGCCAGGCGGAAAGGAUCUGCGAGGCCUCGUCCACGUGGAGCGGCACGGCACCAUCGUGUCUUAUAAAAUGUCCCCUCAUUGGCAGUAUCGAGAACGGCAAAGUGGACAUGUCCUGGGGUCGACACGAGGGUUCGCUCGCAUCAUUUGCUUGUAACACAAACUACGCCCUCGUCGGUGACCCCAUUAUCUCGUGCGAGUCUACAGGCGUCUGGGGUGGAAUACAGCCAACCUGCGUGUUUGCGAUGUUUCCGGAUAUAAUUCUGGCGUUUGGUGCUGUCUUAAUUCUACUGAUCAUAGUAGAUAUCUUUGUAGUAGGUAUAUGCCUCUACUACCGCUACUGUCGAUCACCGGGAAAGACGCCGACAGACUCGGGAUUAAAGCAAAAGUACUCGGAUAUAUUUGGACAGGAUGGGGAGAGUGGAGCUCCACCCAUGGAAAGUUCGAUGCCAGCGAACACCCGGAAGCAGAAGUUCUCUAAGGUGGUGCCAGAGACCGAUGAUCAACACCCACCGCCAACUAAAUCGGAAGAGUCGAACGUGGUGUACAGGUCCACCAUGAAGAUGAGCAACUCGGUGCUCGGGAACCUUUUCUCAAAAGGCAGCAAGUACCAGCGGCCUGAGGAUGAGGGGAGGGCGGCGACGCCGUACAUGGACGGUGAACAGAUGAACGACAAUGGAUACGUCACCGGUGGAAGUCACUCGUUGGAGGUCACGCGUUCGGAUGACUUUGACAAACUAAUUGAAAUCCAAUCUACGCCUGGUUCUGGGGAUAAUCCGAGGGAGAGGCGCAAACUCAAUCUCGACGAUUCGGAAAUAAAGGAAGUCAAGGAGGGAGAUGAUCGCUACUUGUUCCCUAUGCGCGGAACCGCCGGCAAAUCUCACAGAGUCGCUCUUUAAGGAAACAGAUCUGCCGCUUCCUUCGGUUAAACGAGCAAAAAGCACUAUGCCAAUAUUCAAGGACAAAUUUUAACAUGAAGGCUUUGCCUGUUGUCGUAACGUUGUGUUAUUUAUUCAGAAUGUUGACGAUUACCUGCUUAUUUACAAAAUAUUGGUGACUCAUAUUUUUGUCGUAGAUUUUUGUAACUCAUUAGUCCAUCGCUUAUUUUAGUAUUUGUGUGAAGAAACAGUAACUGCAACAUUUUUCAGCAUUUUUUGUUAACUUUCUUGAACAUUGCAAUUAUAUAACUUAAAUUAAAUCGGUCGGUCGGUCGGUUGGUCGGUAGCCCAAGCUUGUCCGAGUGAUAACUUAACAAUUACUGGACGUAUUGUCAUCAAAAUUGACAUGAAGGUUGGGCCUGACCAGUAGAUGACCGCUAAUGAUUUAAGAGGUCAAAGGUCAAGGUCAUUGUGACAUUGAAUGAUAAAAGGUUGUCCGAGUGAUUACUCAACAAUGCCUGCACCCAUGGUCCUCAAACUUGACUUGGAGGUUGGGCCGGACCAGUAGAUGAACCUUUUGAUGUUUGGGUCAAAGGUCAAGGUCACAUUGACAUUGAAAGCAAACUCAACAAUUCCUGUACCUAUGGUCCUCUUAUAUAACUUGAUAUGAAGGUUGGGCCUGACCAGUACAUGACCAUGGGUCAAACGUCAAGGUCACAGUGACCUUUGAAAGUAAAAGAAUGUUAAAGCUUGUCCGAGUGAUAACUCAACACUGCCUAGACCUAUGGUCAUUAAACUUAAAUUGGAAGUUAGGCCUGACCUGUAGAUAAAUUCUAUGGGGGUCAUCGGGCCAAAGAUCGCAGUGACCACCUUGAAUGGUAAAAGGUUUCUGAGUGACAAAGUGACAAUGCAUGCACCCAUGGCCCUCAAACUUGACUUGGAGGUUGGACCUGACCAGUAGAUGACCCUUAUUGAUUUACGGGGUCAUUGGGUCAAAGGUCAAGGUCACAGUGACCUUGAAUGAUAAGAGGUCCGAGUGAUUACUCAACAUUGCCUGCACCCAUGGCCCUCAAACUUGAGUUGGAGGUUGGGCCUGACCAGUAGAUGACCCCUAUUGUUUUUAGGGUUCAAAGGUAAAGGUAACAUUGACCUUGAAAGCAAACUCGACAAUUCCUGGAACUAUGGUCCUCAAACUUGGUAUGAAGGUUAGACUUGACCAGUGGAUGACCCCUUAUGACUUUAAGGGUCAUCGGGCCAAGGUCAAGGUGACCUUUAACACAAAAAUGUAACAAAUCUUCUCCCAGAGAUAUCUUAAUAAUGCCUGAUUCUAUGAUCAUCAAACUUGACAUGGAAAUUGCGCCUGACCAGUAUAUGGCCCUUAUUGAUUUAAGGAGUAAUCGGGUCAAGGUCACAGUGAUGUGAAUGCGAAAAUGUUGUUUGAGUGAUAACUCGACAAUGCCUGCACCCAUGGCCCUCAAACUUGACUUGGGGUUGCGUCCGAGAUUUAAGGGGUCAAAGGUCAAGGUCACAGCGACAUUGAAUGAAAAGAGCUUAUGGGCCUCAAACUUGACAUUUAGGGUUUUGGUGACUUGCUGAAGACUCCAGAUUUUGAGGUAAUAGAGUUAAACGUCAUGGUCAUAACACACUUUAUCCUCACACUUUGAUUAGUCAUAAUCUUAAAAAUGCCUUAAUGGCAUCCAAUGUCAGUGACAAAAUCAGCUGUCAUUUCGGUCCAAGAAAAGUUCAUUCAAUUGUCCAUAUAAUCCUGACAACAUGGCGCUCGGGGGGGCAUAAUGUUUGACAAACAUCUCUUGUUUCCUAUUGCUUUUUAUUUACUUGUUUACUCUUUAAACCAUAAUACAGUCAAUAUACAUGUUUCCAGUCGUCUGCUUUACUACUAUGUUACAAUUUUGAAUUAUGUAGGUGUAUGGAUAGGAAGGAUGGGGCUUCGUUUGUAUACAGCAGGUAAACGGACAAAAUACAUAGCUGAUGAAUU